ACCGCCGUUCUGGCGGACUUCUAGCUGCAGCCAACCACGGUCUCUCUCUCGAUCUCGAACGCGCUCAGCUCGCACCGAGGUCCAAGAAUCUUGGGGUCGCCUAUGGCUCCCGCCGCCGCCACCGCGACGACCCGGGUCGAGCCGGAGAAGGUGCUGGCGAGGAGGAACGAGGAGCUGGAGCGGGAGCUGCGGGAGAGCCGGGAGCGGGAGGGGCGGGCGCGGGACGAGCUGCGGAGGACGGCGGAGCGGCUGCGGGUGGCGGAGGAGGCGGAGGAGCGGCUCUGCUCGCAGCUCGGGGAGCUGGAGGCCGAGGCCGUGGUGCAGGCGCGCGAGUACCGGGCGCGGGUGGUGCUCCUGAUGGAGCAGCUGUCGCAGGCCCAGCGGCUCCUCCAGGCCCCCUCCGUCUCCCUCCCCGCCGGCAAAGAUCAAGCCUGCGCUUGAAACGGAACAUGUAUACUGUGAACAUGUAUUCCUUCUGUUUCUUCCCUACUUUCUGAGGUUGUCGGAGUGGCUUCUUGCUUUUCCGUCGUGCGAAGUCAGUAAAUACGGUCAGGUUUGGGAUCGAUAGGCGAGGAGGAAGAGGAGGAGAUCUUGGCGUCUGUGUAGUUUGAUGGGAUUUCCCUCUCCUCCAUGGGAUCUUCAUCUUCUUGUUGGGUUCAUUUCGUUAAGAUUUUUGACUUCGUGAUGAUUGAAUGCGGUGCAAAGUUCUCUUUUCUGUUC